CUUAAACGUCGGCCGAAUCAAUCAGCCAUGUCUCAGAACAGAAAACCAAAACUCUCCUCGUCCGAGCGUUUACCGGACGACGUCGUAUUCGACAUUCUGGUUCGAUUACCAGUGAAACCCAUAAUCCGAUUCAGAUUGUACAUCAACCUAGCACGUGUCCUAGAUGCUGCAGGUGUUUGGUUCCAAUUAUCCCUACCAUAGAGACAAGACUGAAACUACCUCGCCCAUUAAACUACCUCGCCUUUGAGCUAAUUCAGCUGCAACAAGGCAGCUAAAUUCAGCCUAAGCUGGGUUGGGACCAUUGGGCAUUUUAUGGUUUGCAUUGUGGCAAGAAACAAGCCAUCAUAGAUAGGAGAUACUGUGGAUGGUGAAAAGCCGUGGAAAAUGGUUUUUGUAACCAUGGGAACUACUUGUUUUGAUGCUCUUGUUAAAGCAGUGGAUACUUGGGAAGUUAAGCAAGAGUUGUCGGAUAGAGGCUAUACUGAUCUUGUCAUUCAGAUGGGUUGUGAAUCAUACACGCCCACUAAGUCUGGAGGAGAAGAUGGGUCCCUAGCUGUAGACUUCUUCACUUUCUCAUCAAGUAUUGCGGAUUAUCUGAGAUCUGCAUCUCUGCUGAUCAGUCACACAGGAUUGCUAGGAACAAAACCCAGAAGCUUAUAUUUUUUCUAUUAUUCUUUUUGGUUCCUAGCAGGUGAGAGAAUAGUUAAUUUGUAUAUACUUGAACUAUUAACCUUUUAAUUUUAUUUAUAAUACUAAUUUCAAUUUAGUUUCCUUUUCUUUUUCGUUUUUUCCAGCUGGAUUUUUUUUUUGUAUUGCCAUUUGGUUUUUUCAUGAAUCAUCGUUUUUAAUUUUGUUU